AUGUCGACAACGGCCGAGAAGCCUGCGCCCAAGGAUAUAUCCUAUCACUUUUCCCGCACAGCCAAAAAGCGCCUUCCUAGCCAGGUCAAACGGUUCUAUCAGUACUUUGCCAUUCCAGGAAUCGGUAAUCUCGCCGGAGGCUUACCAAACCCCGGAUAUUUUCCAUAUGACACCCUAGAGGCGUCAAGUGCACUUCCAGAUCGAUUCAAGCCGACGCCCAAUAAACCCGUCGACCCUCCGACCACAGAGCUUUCACGAGCCACUCUUUCAGACGGCCCAUCUGCCGCUAGAGUGCUCGUUCCUCACGAUUCGGCAGAACCUAACCUCCUGCGCAAGAUCGACUUGACCACUGCGCUUCAAUAUGGCACUGCUCAAGGCUACCCCCCGCUUUACAGUUUCAUUAGAGAAUUCACCCAGAAUUACUUGCAUCCCAAUGUCCCUUAUAAAGGUGGGCCUGAGGUGAUCCUGACAUGUGGAUCGACAGAUGGCUUUUCCAAGGCGCUCGAUCUUUUUAGUAAUAUAUGGGACGAAGACCGAGAUUGGAUUCGAGAAAGAGAAGGCCUUCUUUGUGAAGAAUUUGCAUAUAUGAAUGCCAUCCAAACGGCAAAACCUCGAGGUCUCAAUGUCGUGCCUGUGGCGAUUGACGAUGAAGGAAUGCUUGCUCAUGGCAAAGGCGGUCUUCGAGACGUCCUGUCUUCCUGGGAUAAGAACAAGGGCAAACGACCUCAUAUUAUGUACACUGUCACCAUGGGUCAAAAUCCCACUUCUGGGCUUCUCUCCGUCAAGAGGCGCAAAGAAAUCUAUGCUGUUGCCCAAGAAUUUGAUGUCAUUAUCUUAGAAGAUGACCCUUAUUGGUAUCUUCAAUUCCCAUCCGCCAAUGCACUCUCAGUGAAGGCCAAGGGAAAACCAGUGUCGUCCAACUUCCCUUCAGACCCGGAUCACAAUUAUAACACCAGUUCUGGGGGUCGGUCCACGGGCUAUCCAUUCUUGGAUAGCCUUGUGCCCUCAUACUUGUCAAUUGAUGUAGAUGGCAGAGUACUAAGAGUUGACACUUUUAGUAAGACUGUGGCGCCAGGCUGUCGUUUGGGAUGGAUUACUGCACAACCGGCCGUUGUUCAGAAGAUCCAACUGAUCACGGAGACAUCAACCCAACAACCCAGUGGAUUCGUCCAAAGCUUAAUUGCUGAACUCCUCUUGGGUCCAUCAACCCAUGGUGACCCAGGCAAAGGUGGCAGUAAAGAUGGUAGUGGUUGGGGAAUUGACGGCUGGGUCCGCUGGCUUGAAGGCCUACGUGGUAACUACGAAAGGCGCAUGCAAAUUAUGGCAAAUAUCCUCGACGAGGGACAAUACCUGAUUCAAGACUCGCCACGUCGGUCAAGUAUCUCACAAUCAGACGCCGAUGAGUAUCAAGUAUUACACAAGACACAACUAUACGACUUCGCAUAUCCCAUGGCUGGCAUGUUCCUCUGGAUGCGAGCUCAUUUUGAGACUCACCCACUUUUCGGCAAGGUUCCUGGCCCACGACUUUCACAGGCCCUAUGGAUCUUUAUGACCCAAAAACCAUAUCUUGUCCUCCUCGCGCCUGGGACCAUGUUCUCGCCUACUCAAGAGAUCAUGGAGGAGAAGGGCUGGCAAUACUAUCGCCUUUGCUUUGCAGCUGUUGAUGAUGAACUCGUUGAAAAGCACAGCCGUGGAACAGUUGCUGCUUUUGCAGACUUCUGGGCCAUCGAUGACGUUCACAAGAUUGAUAAACUACUGGAGGAUUCUGAGGCAGAGUCGAGAAUGGCUGCGCUCGAGGCAGAUAACAGUGGUUCCUUUGCCACUAACCCAAUAAUUUGUUAA